AUGGCCCUCUCAGUCUCUGUGCUGCUGGCCCUGGUGAUGCUGUGCUCCAGCCCUGCCUGCUCUCAGGACUGCACCCUGCAUCCUAGCCAUGGCAAUCCAGAAACCUUCACACUGUUGAGUCAAAUGGAGAAAAUCUCCAUUCUGUCCUGUCUGAAGGAUAGGACUGACUUCAGCUUUCCUCAGAUGCUUGUGGAUGGGAACAAGUUUGAGAAGACAGAAGCCACACUUGUCAUGCAUGAGAUGCUCCAGCAGAUAUUCAACCUCUUCAGCAAAAGUGACUCUCUUGUGGCUUGGGAUGAGACCCUACUGGACAAAUUUCUCGCUGGACUUCAUCAGCAGGUGGAUGAUCUGGAGACAUGUUUGGAGGAAGAAAAGAACGUGGAACUAUUAAGUGAGAACUCCAGACUGGCUGUGAAGAGAUACUUCCAUGGAAUCAGUCUCUAUCUUGAAAAGAAAGUAUACAGCCACUGUGCCUGGGAGGUUGUCAGGGUGGAAAUCAGAAGGUGCUUGUUCUUCAUCAAUGAGCUCACAGCUAAACUCAGGAAAUAA